CCGGACUCCGCUCCGAUCUGUCUGGAGGCGCAUUAUCAUUGCUGGAGGUCGCCUUCAAACACUUCUCCAAGCCACUGCUUGUUUCCGCCCUUCGCCAAACCUCUUUCUUCCGCCUCCUCCAGCACAAUCUCAGCAGCAAUGACCACGGAAGAGCAAUCUUUUGUUGGGCAGACCCUCCAGGGCGUCACGAUCACCGAUCCGACGUUCAAGCCCUUGCCAGGCCGCGUCGGCAACCUCACUAUACCUCAGCAGCAUGCACUUGACAAACUCAAGAAGGAGCUGCAGGAGGAGGGCAAGUUCGUGCCCGAGCGGAUGGACGAUGCGAUGCUGUUGAGAUUCCUCCGCGCGCGCAAGUUUGACUAUGCGAAAUCGAAGGAGAUGCUCCUCAACGCGGAGCAGUGGCGGAAAGACUUUGGCGUCGACGACAUCAUCCACAACUUUGACUUCAAGGAGAAGGUGGAGGUGAACAAGUACUACCCGCAGUUCUACCACAAGAUGGACAAGGAUGGCCGUCCUGUCUACGUCGAGCGCCUUGGCUUCCUCGACAUCAAGGCGCUGUACAGCAUCACGACACAGGACAGGCUCCUCAAACGCCUUGUCCAGGAGUACGAGCGUUUCCUCAUGGAGCGCCUUCCCGCCUGCUCGCGCGCCAUCGGCCACCCCGUCGAGACGUCCUGCACGAUAAUGGACCUGAACAAUGUCUCUAUCUCCAGCUUCUACCGCGUCAAGGACUACGUCAUGGCGGCUAGCUCAAUCGGUCAGGACCGCUACCCAGAAUGCAUGGGCAAGUUCUACAUCAUCAACGCGCCGUGGGCGUUUACCACCGUGUGGGCGGUCAUCAAGGGCUGGCUCGACCCUGUUACGCAGGAGAAAAUCAAGAUCUUGGGGUCGAACUACAAGACGGAGUUGAUUGCGCAGAUCGGGGAGGAGAACUUGCCAUCGGAGCUUGGGGGCAAGUGCAACUGCCCGGGCGGCUGCUCGCUGAGCGAUGCUGGUCCCUGGAACGAGUCGGCGCCUGCAGCUGCCUAGACUCGACCUGUACUAUAGCAGCGGAGUUUGACAUGUUGCACGUCUCGUUCAACGCACAAGUAUACCCACAAUGAUGAGGUUUUCGACCUUCUCGAAAGUCGCGGUAAGGAAGAAUCCAGUAACGAAGGGAAUAUGAACUCGAGCACUGGGUCCACUUCUUCUGGUCACCCGUACAUGUAGCCAAAAGGAGACCUGAGA